CCACCGCCCCGGCAGAGAUGGCGGCGGGCGGGCGGCGGCGGCGGCUGCUCCCGGCCUGGAUGGGGGCGGCGGGGGACGAACCGGGGGCGGCGGCGCCCCCCCCCAAGGCGGUGCGGAGGCGGCGGCUGGCGGUGGCACGGCCCAGGGCGGCGGAAGAGGUGGUGUAUUGUAUGAACGAGGCGGAGCUGGUGGACGUGGCCUUGGCGGUCCUGGCCGAGCAUCUGCAGUUCGAGGAAGAUGAGGAGAAAACCCAGUCCUGGAGCCAUGGCGAGCAGGAGUUUCAGCAAACACCAAACAAGGUGCCUGGAAGCACAGCCAGCACUGGGGCAGGCAGUGACCACAGUCCGGCUCUCCCAUGCCCUCCUGACACUGGUGCUGAUGCCGAUGCAGAGAGGACAGACUGCGAGGACUCUGAAGAUGAUGUUCUGAAAUAUGUCAGGGAGAUAUUUUUCAGUUAAUGCUGCCUCCUCUGUGGUUUCCCAGGAGCAAAGGAGAGGUGGCCCCUCUGACAGCAUUGCAGGAGGACAGCCUAGAGUGGGCUGGAUAUCUGCUGUGUUGAUGGCCUGUGAAGCUGGUAGGAGGCCUAUGAAGGCCAUGGGGAAGAAGGAAGGGGGCACUCACUUCUAUCAGAGCGUGCUGGGCUCAGUGCUGGGCUCCAGAUUAGAUUAUGUUCAUUUCUGUUUAGUAUCUUGAAGCAUGGACAGAUUAAAGAGGACAUUUGAGUUUCUGUGAAUAUCCCUUUGGUGAGUCAGUAUUGGGACUGGAGGGGAGCAGGGAGUUGCUGGCCCUGGAAUGCCUUUGCAGGCCAUCCUUGGGGCUCCAUUGUCCUUGUGGUCCCCCUGUGACAGCUGCAGUGAGGCCUGGCAGGCUGUCCGCAUUGGACCUUAUGCUGAAUUUGCCUCCAGGCUUGGGCAGGCCUCCCAUAGCUGAGGAAGACAUGGGUGGGAGCAGAUUGGCAGAGACCAUCUUGAGGGGGCUAACCCCAUGGCAUUGUGCAUGGGGGUCUAGGAAGGGAUGAGGAUGGCUUAGCAUCCUCUUCCCAGUCUGAAGAGGGAGUGAACAAACAAAGAUGAGGCUGAGGCAGGUGCGAGAGCCUUUACUGAAAUGAAGAAUCGGUCAAACCAGCAUCACCAGCCACGUCCCCCCAAAGACUGCAGCAGGAGCGAAAAUGGACCCUCAUGUGCCUGAAGGGGAUGCAGGGGGAAAGCAGGCAAGGUUUGUGCGAGGUUACAGACAUGCCAUGGAGUAGUGCUGUGCAUUCCCAUAGCAGACUCCAUCAAGUGUUGUGGCUGUGAUGGCCCAGAUGGGGCACUGCACCCCAGCCUGCAGUGGCCCUGGCCCUGCUCCCUGAGCACACCCUUGCAUGGGGUAUGUUUUGGGCUGCACUGAGCUGGCUCUGCAAUGAGCUGCCCUCAGAUAGAUCCAGUCUCUCCUAGAGUCUCAAAGGCUGCUGGAGUGCUGGGCUUAGCUUCGUAAUAUCAGUAGAGACAAACCUGGAGCUCUGCACCCAAAUCCUCUGCUUCCUUUUGGAAACCCUCCUCUUUAGGGUUCUGUUCAGUGUUCAGCAAGUUGCUUGGCUGCCACUCCAGGUGCUCUGCUGCUGCUGGGAUUGGAUGUGGGCCACUUCACCCUAAUGAACUAAAGCAGGGUCACCCCAGGUAUUAUUCCUGCAGGUGAAGUACAGGUGGUCCUGCUCGAGAGAGUACCUGCAGUGCACAUCUGAGGCUGCCACUGCUGUGACACCAAUGUGAAGCCACAGCUUCUCAAGUCACAGUUGCCUCGAAGGCACCCCUGGUUAGUCCAGAAUGUGGAGAAGGAGCAGAGUCUCUUUAGGCAACUCAAAGAAAGGAAGCCUGUUUGCUUCUCUGACUGCCUGUUCUUAGGCUAGAUAUGUCCAGAGGGCUGUGUCCACUGUGUGCUCGUUCUGAUCUGUCCACUGUCCUCCGGGUCAGGGCCAGGAAUGCUGUUGCCUUGAUGCUGUGCCCCAAGCCGCAGGGGGUGUUACACGCUGCUGUUACUGUGAAGUUUUAACGCUGUGCUGUGAGUAUUGGUGUCUGCUGCCUGCUCGCUGCAGGAGAGCUGCACACAGCCGUGUGCCAGAGCAUGGCUCGACAUGGGUCUUUGGACUAAGGAACAAAUUCCUGCCAGUGACUAAAGCUGUCGUGGGUUUGCUGUUUUAAUUCAGGUUAUCAAUAGCUGUUGCAUCUUCUUUGUUGUUGAAUCUCAGUGGGCAGGGCCUCUGCUGCUUUGACAAGGAUGUGUGUGCUUGUCCCUGAUGAGGUACAUAGUGACAGUGAGAAUCUGGAGCAGUAGCAGAGCCUGAGUCCCAAGCAAUGCCAGGAAGCCCCCAGUGAAAUCAGAGGGGUGAAUCCACUCCGAGGUUUGGAAAAGAAACAUAGUCAGGCCUCCAAACAGGAUUGUUGUCUUGAUGAUGAGUAUGAUGAGGAUCACCUUCCAGCCCUUUCUCUCCUCUGUGCACUUCACAUGUGCAACAAAAAUAGGGUAGAAAAUGCUGAAGACCAGACACGUGUACACACAAAUCCUGCCUAGAACUAUUCCUAGUAGGCUGAUGCCCAUCACCUGCAGAUGCUUGAACUCCAGGCACUGCAGCUUCCCAGCUGUCUCAUUCCACAGGCAGAAGUUAUAAAAGCCGAUGCGUUUGUCAGGGAGGUCAACCAGAUUCCCAGAUUCCCACAGCAGCGCAUAAAACAUCAAGGCCAAGGUCCCGGCAGCCUCAAGUAGGGUCAGCGCACAGAAGAGGUGCCCGGUGCACCUCUGUUGCAGUAGACCCAUCCUGAUGCCCACAUGCUCUCUUGAUACCAUGGUAGAACCUGCUGUGGGGACGCCUGCUGCAAAACACGAAGUGGGGGACCUCUUUGUGGUUGUGUGUUAUGGCACCCUUCCCAAAAUGUGCUCUGAGCCUGUGUCACUGAGGUCUUGGGACUCCCCUUAUGAGUACAGCAGGAGCAUUUCAGUCCUGCUUCUGACUGUGCUACAGAUGUGUUACUGGGUGGAGGGGGAUGCAUUUUUGGUCACAGCAAAGGUGGCUUAAUGACAUCCCAUACGUGGACAUGUGUCCCUUAGCCCCACAUAUGUCCUUUGUACCAAGGUCUCAUGUUGGAGAAGAGACACAUUUGUCAGCAAACUGUAGUGAUGGGAGGGGAGCAAAGCACUCCUGUCUCGUAAGGAGCGGGUUAAGAGCUAUUCUGGAAAAAUGCUCUUCCAGUUCUGGUCAGACAGGACAUCCCUUGUGAUCUUUGGAUGACUGAGUAAAAUGCAGGCAUGACAGGGUCUGAAGUGCAGGGCUCCCCCUGCCUCCCCACCCUCCAUAGCUCUGGAAAACCUGAUGCCAUUGAUAUCACUCAUUUCCAACAUCCACAUGCCCCUGAGCCCCUUGCAUGCCCAUACAUUUCUGGGCACAGCAGGGCUGAUCUCCUGCAGCCCUGGUCCCCAAUGAGGCUGGCAGACGUGGUGCUUCUCUGUUUCAGUUGCCCGAGGGCUGAUGCCUCAAGCAGGCAGAUGGUUGUCCACCACAAAGAGGCACCUUGGGCCUACUCACAGCCACCUGCUCUCCUCUGGGGCCCAGGGAGAUGGGUGCUACAGAGACAGACCUGUGAUUGCUGUCCUCCACGCUCCUCUCUCAGAUUGCCUGGUAAACCAGACUCCUUCUCCCAGGAAUGUGAACUGUCCUCUGUGCUCUCUUUCAGGCUUCUGCUUCACCCUGAAAAACAGGCAAGUGGCAUCAGGAAGGGGUAUCACUGGCUGCAGGCCAUGCAGCAUUGGAGCACUGGCCACCUGGGUCUGCACAGAGGCACGACACAGGGCAAGGAGCUCAGAGACCUUGUCUUCAAGCUCAGCCUCCAGCUUGAGGCCAUGCAAAUAACCACUUUCCUCCCUUUGCCAAGAAUUAUGUCCUGUUUUUACCACUUUUCCUUAAGAAAUUCACAGUGUCAGUCCCCACAGUCACUUGUGGAUUUGGUACAGCCUCUGAGUUUUUAGAGUGGUGGAAGAGACCCCAUGCACAUCUGUACCCAGUGUAUGACUGAAACACUGGUGACUAGACCCUUUUGCAAUUCCCUCCCAAUCCCUGUCUUCCUGGGCACUUGGAAGUAGGGCACCUAUAUUUAAUGUGCACAAGCUUCUGUGUCCCAAACUUCUCCUUCUCCACACAGUCAUAGUCAGGAGGAGAAUACACACAGCAUGAGGGCAGGACAGUAUCCAGACACUGACCUGUCCCCUUCCCCUGGUCAAUACUUCACCACUUCUUGUAGCUUCCCUUGGAGAUCUUCUUCACAACAGGCUUCUGGAGGGACUUGAGGGUCACAUGGAGGAUGCCCAUUGUUCUGAAUCUACGAUGAAUACACAAAUGACCAGGAAACUAUCCAUGUUUGGGCCCAGACCAUAUUGCAGAAUGAGACCUCACACACAUGUAAUUUCACCAGGGUUUGAGUUGCUGCUGGUAUCACCUCUUGGUUUGUCUUUCUUUACACAUGCUUUCCUGCAGCCAGGCACUGCUGCUCUUCUCCCUAUCCUACAAGGGCUCAUGCCUGCCCCUGUUCUCACUGCCACCCCGCCUCACAUCCCUCAGAAGCAGAACAAGCUGCACCUGGAGGGGGCUCUCUUUUAGCCUACCAGCUCCCCAGUGAUUUCUGUCAGAACUCAGAGCCAGCCCAGUCCUGGCUGUGCCCACCCACCAACCCUUGCAGUCGUAUUUCUUUAGACUGAUUUCCUAGGGCAGGCAGGCUUGUAGAAUCACAGGCGUUUUGUUCAAUCAUGUUACCUUUUAUUUAACUACCCCACCUCCAUAAAACAUAAAAACAAUUAAAAAUUGUCCUAGUUGCACAUGUUUACUAGAGAGGGAACAGAGAAUUAAAUUCCUAGCAGGUGCGUGGCAGGGGUGGAGAAGAGCCACCUCAGAGACCUGGUGCUGCUAUGUGAUCUCUGCAGGUGUGAGAGCCCAGGGAAAUCCCAUGGUAUCUCUGCCCUCUCUUCUGCUUUUAGGCUCAGGUCUUUAAGGACCUAUUUUAUUUUCCCAGCACUGCCCCUCUAUUCAUUGCAGGCAGAUUUGAGUCUCAGUGUCCUGCUGCCUCCCCAGCCCAGGAGGUAAAUCCCUGUCCCCAGGUGUGACUGUGACAGAAACAUUUCUGGUGCAGGUGCCCUGUGUCAGCUGGUGCAGGGAGCACAUGUCUGGCCUGGAGGAAAGGUAUGGUUUGGCAAUGAAAGCUGAGACAUGGCAUGCUGCCACCAGCGCAGCCACAGACAUGCCAUUCAUGAGCUCUGCAGCUCAGCCCUGAGGCUGAUUUGGAGGCAGCCUGACUGAGAAGCAGGGCAUAAACAGGAAAAGAGCUGUCACCCAGUGUCCAGCUGGGACUUCUCCCGGACAUCUGCAGCCCUUCCGCCUCUCAGGACAUGCCUGUGCCUUUGGAUGGGAGGGUCUGUGGCACCUCAAAAGUGCAAGAAAGAGGAACCCAAGCAUGGUUCAGGGAGCCCUAACCUAGCUUCAGCCCUUGUUUCUGGGCAGGCAUUGCUGAAGGACUAGAUUUCACCAUGGGAGAGCUUUGUGUCUCUGUCUCUUGGGCAAAGAGGCUCAUGUGCAUGGCUCACAAGCUCCCUGGGCUGUCUUUGUGUGAGAUGGGGCUCAUAGGGACCCUCUGUGCUGCCAAGACUACAUGGCCCUUCCCUCUGCUGGCUUGCAGGCAGGUCAGCACCUUCCCAGGCUAGGACUGUGCCUUCCCCACUGUGAGCUGCUGGCUGAGUGCCUGGGCAAAGGAGGUGGGACACGGAGGCCAAAGCACGGACAUCCAGUGCAGGACCUGGCCUCUGUGCAAGGACAGACAUCUCUGUGAAGGUGCUGGAUGUCACCACAAUGAGCAGGCUGAAUGCACUGAAAAGCCAGAAGAGUUGGCUUUCAUGCAUCUGCCCUCCCCAGCUGCUUGGGGAAGUAAUGCCAUGUUAGAAUGGUGGGAAAGGAGGGCAGUUUUGGACCUGGCACCUUUCCUUUAAGCCACUUGCUCCCCGCCAGGAUCCCUCUUUCCCUCUCAGGCUGGAUCAGCUGUGGGGAAACUGCAGGUGAAGAAAGAGCACUGACAAGCUAAAAAUUCCUGGCAAACAGAAACUAGCCAGUGACACAUGGACCAGACUGUGGAGCAACUGACCCAGAAGUGUCCCAGAGCUGGGGAAGGACCUGCUCCCUCCCAGAUGUUUGCACCCUGCAGUACCACUUCUCCUGUCAGCUCCCCGCAAUGUCAGUGCCACUAAAAAGUGGGGGACCCAGUGGAAGAUACUUACAGGCUGCCCAUCUGUCUGGGUGCAGAGCUGAAAUACGCUGGAGAGAGCUGAGGUGCUGCCCUGGCGACCUGAGCUGGUCUGUGGCUGCUGCUGUGUCCCUGUGCUGCUGAGCUCUGACACCACAGCUCCUGUUGUGUCACAGCUGCCUCUGGCUUUCUGUUUCGGUUUUGAUUCCCAUGGGAGCCUGAUACGGUGCUCCUCCCCCAUACUGCGUCAUAGAAAUAUGAACAAGAAAACAAAACAAGCCCAGCCACCGCUGCCCAAGCCAGGGCAGGUUUGCACUUUAUUCUCCUGACUGUGCUAACUGAUGUGAAUAACUGACCAGGCUAAGCUCACCCAGGAAAGUUGUGCUACUAGAGUGACUUGGGUGUACGUGAGAGCUGAGGCGAGUUUGUUUUGUUUGGACGCUUCUCUAGAGGUGACCAACCAUGCCAUUUCUGACCACAGUAAUGCAGCACUGUUGGAGAUCACUGACCACUUUGCCCUUGGUCCCAGCUGAUCUUCUUAUUCUAGGGACCUCCUUCCACACCUUUGGCUGCACCUCUGGCAGGUAGUCCCUCUGCUCUCUCUUUCCAGACAUUUGGGCAGGGAAGAUUGUACCUGAAGGCUGGACAGGGUGCCAUGUGUCCUGCUGUUCUCCCUCCUAGGGACAUUUUACAGGUGUCCCCUGCCUGCUCCUUUAGAUGCCUGAAGUCUAGCUGAUGAUAGAACAGCUGGGGGAGAAUAGGUGUGGUGGGUGUGGGGUAGGUAGGGGGCUGAUCAUCAACAUGUCUCAUGGAGAAAGGACAGGAAGGGAGAGGAGAAAGAGAGCAGGGCUUCUACGUGUGUGCCUGCAGGUAGGAGAGAUGGGAUGGCAUGUUUGGGCUGCUGGGCCUGGUGUCUGUGGGUGGGAAAGGAAAGCACUUCCAAGAAGCCAGUUUCCAUGAAAUUCCUCUGCAACCAUUUAUUCCUGGAAUUGUUUCCUGAAAUAGAAAUGUAAUUUCUUGUGUCUGUUAAGGAGAUAUUUACACAGCUUUACAGUGGAAUGCUCUGCAGCUUUUGGUUUUUCAUGGUGCAGUUAAAGCACACACAGCAACAUUUUCAGCAGUUCUAGUAAAAUUAGCAAUCACAAGUAAAGCAGGAGAUGAGCUGGGACUUUGAAAAGCGUUUUGCUUAUUUUAGCCUGCUGUUUUAAAAGUAAGCUACUACACUUGCUUCCUAGAAGUUGGUCAUGACUCUGGUCCUCAUUCCUGAGGGAAUCUCCACAGCAGAACUCUUGUUGCCUCUAGUUGCUCAAAACCCCUCUCAGCUAUAGCUAGUACUGCCCCAUUGUAUCAGACUUGAGGGAUUCCUGUGGUAUACUGGUGAGAAGAGAGGCUGGAGUUCACUUCAUAUUCUGUUACAUUAUUUAGAAAUGACUUUUAUUCAAAAUAAAUUGUAAAAUGACUAUUUUUUUCUUAUCUGUAAUCUGCCGACAAGUAAAAAUAAAUAAAUCUCAGUGAAACAAAA